UCGAGAUGUUCGCCACCCGUGUCGUCAUCGUGUGUCGGUACAAUUUAUAUAGUAACACAGUCUUAGGUUGAAAAUUAAUUCAUUUAGAAUUUAUAAAUAUUUUUCCGAUUUCUGAAAAAUAUCGGAUAUUUUGUAUGGCCUCGCUGCAAGUCACACUGAACUUUUUUUAUCAACCGCACCUGUAAAUUCCUUGCCAACGCAAUUGGUCCGCCGAUGUACCUUCGCUUAUGACUGCUUUUGAGACACUAGUAGCUUCUUCGUUAUCCCAAAGACCAACAUGUAUUUUGAUCCACCUUAGGAAGAUUUUGGGUCCCUGGAUUGGACAUCUCGGACAAACUGAUGAAGUUCCUUUCUCUUGCGGCCAAGAAUUUUCCAGCGAUGUCUCGAAGAACGGCACUUUCACAAGUCCUAAUUACCCGGAACCUUACCCGGCGGACGUCUACUGCGUCUACUCGUUCAUGGGCAGAGGGAAAGAGCGAGUCCAGAUUCAGUUCACGGAUUUUGAUCUCCACCUACCGCAUGAGCCGCCCAGGGACUGUGACAGUGUAGACGCGGUCAUGGUAUUCAUCACCAUCAACGGUCAGAAAGACAGAGUGGAUAAUUUUUGCGGCAACAAACUCCCGGCUCAGUUGAUGUCCAAUGGACCCUCAAUGUCAGUGGAGUUCAGAUCGUUACACUCGUCCCCAGAAGUGAAGGGAUUCAGAGCGAUUUACAAAUUUGUUACAGAUUUUGGAAUAUAUGCUGCACGACAGGAUUCUCAAUCUGUUUGCGGUUUCAAUUUCAACAGUGAGGACAGAAAAAACGGCACUUUCACAUCGCCAAACUACCCGGGAUACUACCCUCGGAACACUGAAUGCCACUAUUUCUUCAAAGGCAAGCCAAAGGAAAGAGUUCACAUCACCUUCAAUAAAUUUGAUGUGGACGGCAUCCCACCCUGCACAACUGACACGGCCAGCGAUUACGUGGAGUUCUCCAACUUCCGCACUGUAGACCGAGGGUACCCACGCCACUGCGGCGUCAAGAAACCCAAGUACAUCGAGUCCCAAGGAGAGUUCUUCCGGGUCACCUUCAAGUCCAACGACAAGUUUGAUGGAACGGGAUUCGAGGCUCUCUACCACUUCAAGCCUUACAUAGAUCAGUCAUCCGUGCAGCGAAUCUCUAGUACCAGCACUAAUAGCACGUCCAGUGAUGUUCGAGCGAGUACUUACACAUUCAUACUGGUGCCAGUCGUUGUGAUGCUGAUGAUCAAUGUUUAAAUAGAAAUUUCUUUGGUGGAAUAAAAAAUUUGGAUAUCUUUUGAUGAACAGUCGCUUUUAACGAACAAAAAAAAUCGUUUUGCGGCACCUUACUACUGUUGAAAAAUCUGGAAAUUCUGGAAAAAUGUCUGAACUGAACAAAGAGAAAAACGAUUUUCAAUUUUCACCUUGAAUGUGUUAUCAUGGUUAGAAAGGAAGCUACUUUGUAUGGUUGGUUUUCUUUACAGAGGUUGGGGGGGGAAAAAAUAACAAUGCAUGUAUAAUUGUUUCUGGUAUGGUGCUGCCAUCUACUAUCAGAAACAUAAACUAUUUCUCUGAAGCAUGUGAGUGUUUAUGAUCUUUGUACUCUUUUCCGAUUCAAAGGUAAAGAAUUGUUCUCGGCAAGAAUCAUUUGUUCAUUGUCAAGUGAAUUAGCUUUUUCAUGAAAAAAAAAUACAUGCAAUUCGUUCUUGCGAACUCUUUCAUCGGCCAAAUCAUCUUCAACUUUGAAUUAUUUCAGCAUGUUAAAACAUUUAAAAGAAAAGUCAAUCGAUUAUCUUCUUGAAAAUUUGAAAAUGUGAAUGCUUGAAUUUUUUUCCUACAAAACAGUUAUGGUAAUACGGCGUCUGCAUGGACUUUAUGCACUUUCCCGACAAUUGAAGAAGAUUUUCUGAGCGAUUUAGAUUUUUGAAAAUUAUGGAUGCAAAAAAAAAGAAAAAGAAAUAA